AUGAACAGCACUCCAGCCGAGCCACUUCGAUCACGCAAACUCCUACUAACACAAACCAAUGGCAACACCCACCCACCCCAACAAUGGUCAACAGCAAACCAAGAACAACAGAAACAACUCACCAGCAGAAACAAAUCAAGACUCAGUCGACUGGGCGGGGGACUAGAACUCAUAGGAACCAAACAGCAACGAGAACCUCUCCUGAUCAUCAGCCUCACCAUCCUGGCUGGUCUGAUCAGAACCUGGAAGAUCGCAAGACCAGCGAGCAUCGUUUUCGAUGAAGUCCAUUUCGGUGGUUUCGCCUCCAAAUACAUCCGUUCGGAAUUCUUCAUGGACGUCCAUCCGCCACUCGUCAAGCUACUGUUCGCUCUAGUGGGCUGGUUAUCUGGAUACGAUGGAACAUUCGAAUUUAAAGAGAUCGGAAGUGAUUAUUCAGAUCGAGUACCGUACAUUCAAAUGCGUCUAGUACCCGCACUCUUAGGCGUAGCCAUCGUACCCAUUGCCUAUCUUACUCUGAGGAUGUUCCACCAAAGGCCUUUAUCAGCAACUCUCGGCGCACUUCUUAUCACCUUCGAUAACGCCUUGAUCGUCCAGUCAAGAUUCAUCCUACUCGACUCGCCCCUACUCUUCUUCACCGCUCUUUCGAUCUUCUUCCACACCGGCUUCUGCAACGAGGAUUACAAGCGAGCCUUCACUCGCGCCUGGUGGUCCUGGCUAUCCUUAACUGGCCUAAGUUUGGGCUUGGUGCUCUCCUCAAAAUGGAUCGGCUUGUUCACGAUCGGCGCGAUCGGACUGGUGACCAUCAAGCAACUCUGGGAGCUCCUCGGGAACCUCCGUGUGCCCCUCCCGCUCCUCAUCCGUUCCUUCUUCGCCCGUCUGCUCUGUCUCGCCCUCCUGCCCCUGCUCGUCUACAUGCUCAUCUUCCGGAUCCAUCUCGCCAUCCUCUCCGGCUCGGGCGACGGGGACGCGUUCAUGAGCUCCGAGUUCCAGCAGACCCUACGCGGCCAUCAUAUGCCCGACACCUUCGCCGAGGUCCUGCUCGGCUCGAAUGUGACCAUCAAACAUACCAACACCCUCGGCGGAUAUCUCCACUCCCAUGCCCAGUUCUAUCCCACCGGCUCGCACCAACAACAGAUCACACUCUAUCCACACCAUGACGAUAAUAAUGUUUGGACUGUCCUCGGAAGACUCGCUGAUGAUAUCGAUCUUGUCCAUCGUAAACCUCCCGACUUCUACUAUAAGAAUCGGGUCCCCGUCAAUGGAUCUACCUUCAUUCGUCUCAAUCAUCCUUUGACCGAUAAGCGCUUGCAUACUCAUGAUAUCAGACCUCCUGUCUCAGAGGUAGACUAUCAGAACGAAGUCUCUGGCUACGGAUUCCCUAACUAUCCAGGGGAUGCAAAUGACGAAUGGAUCAUCGAGAUCAUCAGCAAAGAGUCCGACCUGAAGACUGAUCCGAUGUCGGCUAAGCAAGUCCGGGCGCUUCGGACCAAGUUCCGGCUCCGCCAUUCGCUCCAGAACUGUUACCUCUUCUCUCACAAGGUCCGCUUGCCCGAUUGGGGGUUCGGCCAGCAGGAAGUCACCUGUAAUCGCAACCCUACUCUUGCUAGCUCUUUGUGGUACAUCGAGUCCAAUUAUCAUCCUUUAUUGGAACAGGAUCCUAAAGCUCGCAAAGUUAACUAUCAUCGGCCGAGUUUCUGGAGCAAGUUCUGGGAACUUCAGACGGUUAUGUGGCAGACUAAUAAGGCCCUAGUCCAGCAUCAUGCGUACAGUUCUAGUCCUAUCUCGUGGCCGAUCCUGAAACGAGGGAUGAACUUUUGGGCUAAAGAUCAUAGACAGAUCUAUCUCCUGGGAAAUCCUUUUAUUUGGUGGCUCUCCACGGCCGCUAUCCUCUUCUAUUUGAUCACUAAAUCGUUGCUGAUCUUGAGGAUCAAGAGAGGUUAUCAUGGGGAAGCAAGAAAUUUAAAUGUGAUGAAAUACGAUGGUAUCUCGGCGUACUUAGUUGUCGGCUGGGCGACGCAUUACUUACCAUUCUACCUGAUGACCCGUCAAGUCUUUCUGCACCACUACUUCCCAUCGUUGUAUUACUCGAUCUUCCAGGUCUGUACGGUGUUCGACUUUGCGACGAGUCGGGUGAGCCCUAAGGCCCGGCUCAAGACCUUCGCUCUCAUCCUCAUCAUGGCCGUCUGGUCCUGGUCGAUCUUCAAGCCGGUCACCUAUGCGUCUCGGUGGACGCGCUCCGCUUGUGAACGCGCUAGAUGGAAACGCUCGUGGGAUUUCGGGUGUCAUGAUUUCCCUGAGCUUGUGGAUGAAUAUGAUGAAGAUGGAGAAGAGCCAAUGACAGAGGACGGGUGGAUGCGGAACGCGAGUGAACACAAAGCCGGCCUCGUCCAAGCGGUCCACAACCGAUUCAAGCUUCUGGAGCCGAUCAUGAAUGUGUUCCAGCAAGCCAGCUCGGACGAGAUGCCGGAACCUUCGCCCAAAGCGCCGCUCCCUGCCGAACAUGUCACUAGUUUCUCUAACGCUCCGUUCCAGGCUUCUCUCGCUAACGGCCAGCGUAAAUCUCCCCCUGGGCCUCGUCUUCGCAGGUCUCAUCUUAAGGAAAUCGAUUGA